GCUUUUUCGGUAUGACAGAUUUCUUAACCUUAAUUCGUCAACUUUAAUAACGAUUAGUAUCUCGAUCGCUUUUCUGAUGCACGCUUAUUCUUGUCAGAUUUAUUCGUUUUAAGCAAAAUCGCGUCAAAUACGCAUAAUUACAUCGAUAUUUGAGGUGCGGGAUCUAAAUGAAACAAUUACUUUUUUAUAAAUAUAUGUGAAAGUGAGCCUGAUUGAAAAAGUAAAGUAUAUAUUAUAUAUUAUACAUUAUCGGAUAAUGAGUGAUUCGUCAUCAUGUGAUUCUAAUUCUGAUAAUGAUAUAAAUAAUGCAGUCCCAAAAAAGUAAAACGACGUUACAAAACAGGAUUGUAUAAAGAUUAUGAGACUCACUUCAGAGAUAAUUUAUCUUGGGUUACUAGAUCAAAGUGGGAUUCUUUUACGAGUUAUGAACAUCAAUUAGCUUUUGUGCCAGAAAGCAGUAAUUUUUCUAACUUGAAUAAUGAGCAGAACCGUGAUUGUUGUAUUAGAAGUGAGAAUAAUUGUGACAUGAGAAUGAAUAAUAAUGAAGCUAGUAGUAAUAAUUCCACAGCGAUUCGCUCUCCAGAAUAUAAACCUGACUUAAAUAUUGAAGAUACAUUUGAGUAUAAUGAAAUUAUUCAUAUAAACAAUGAAGACGAGGACAAAGAAAAUGAAGAUGCCAGCAGUGUAGAAGACAAUAGUGAAGAUGAUGACAAACAUAUGAGUGAGAGUAGUUCAAAUGGCUAUGAUUCUGAUAACAAUGAAUUUGAUAGUGAUGAUUAUGAUGCGAAUAUCAGUGACGACGAGACUAAUGGUCAUUUGAUGAUAAUACUAUAA